ACUGCAGUCUUGUACUUGCUCACCAAAGCUAGCUUCAGCAUGCUCAAAAGGAAGCAGAGCUCCAGGGUGGAGGCCCAGCCGGUUACUGACUUUGGUCCCGAUGAAUCUCUGUCAGACAACGCUGACAUACUCUGGAUUAACAAGCCAUGGGUUCACUCUUUGCUGCGCAUCUGUGCCAUCAUCAGCGUCAUUUCCGUCUGUAUGAACACGCCCAUGACCUUCGAACACUACCCUCCUCUUCAGUACGUGACGUUUACUCUGGAUACUUUGCUGAUGUUUCUCUACACAGCAGAGAUGAUAGCAAAAAUGCACAUCCGGGGUAUUGUCAAGGGGGAUAGUUCCUAUGUGAAAGAUCGCUGGUGUGUUUUUGAUGGAUUUAUGGUCUUCUGCCUUUGGGUUUCAUUGGUGUUACAGGUAUUUGAAAUUGCUGAUAUAGUUGACCAGAUGUCACCUUGGGGCAUGUUGCGGAUCCCGCGGCCACUAAUUAUGAUUCGGGCAUUCCGGAUUUAUUUCCGAUUUGAGCUACCAAGGACCAGAAUUACAAACAUUUUAAAGCGAUCAGGAGAACAAAUAUGGAGCGUUUCAAUUUUCCUACUUUUCUUUCUGCUUCUUUAUGGAAUUUUAGGAGUUCAGAUGUUUGGAACAUUUACCUAUCACUGUGUGGUAAAUGACACGAAACCAGGAAAUGUAACCUGGAAUAGCUUAGCUAUCCCAGAUACGCACUGCUCACCAGAGCUGGAGGAAGGCUACCAGUGCCCCCCAGGAUUUAAAUGCAUGGACCUUGAAGACCUGGGACUUAGCAGGCAAGAGCUGGGCUACAGUGGCUUUAAUGAGAUAGGAACCAGCAUAUUCACGGUAUACGAGGCUGCGUCCCAGGAAGGCUGGGUGUUCCUCAUGUACAGAGCAAUUGACAGCUUCCCCCGCUGGAGGUCCUACUUCUACUUCAUCACGCUCAUCUUCUUCCUGGCCUGGCUUGUGAAGAAUGUAUUUAUCGCUGUCAUCAUCGAAACAUUUGCAGAAAUCAGGGUACAGUUUCAACAGAUGUGGGGAUCGAGAAGCAGUACUACGUCAACGGCCACCACACAGAUGUUUCAUGAAGAUGCCGCCGGUGGAUGGCAGCUGGUAGCUGUGGAUGUCAACAAGCCCCAGGGACGUGCCCCAGCCUGCCUCCAGCAAAUGAUGCGGUCGUCAGUGUUCCACAUGUUCAUUCUGAGCAUGGUGACUGUGGAUGUGAUAGUAGCCGCGAGCAACUACCACAAAGGAGAGAGCUUCAGACGGCAGUAUGACGAGUUCUACCUCGCAGAGGUGGCCUUUACAGUACUUUUUGAUUUGGAAGCACUUCUGAAGAUAUGGUGUUUGGGAUUUACUGGAUAUAUUAGCUCAUCUCUCCACAAAUUUGAACUACUACUCGUAAUUGGAACUACUCUUCAUGUAUAUCCAGAUCUUUAUCAUUCUCAGUUCACAUACUUUCAGGUUCUUCGGGUAGUUCGACUUAUUAAGAUUUCACCAGCGUUAGAAGACUUUGUGUACAAGAUAUUUGGUCCUGGAAAAAAGCUUGGGAGUUUGGUUGUAUUUACUGCCAGCCUCUUGAUUGUUAUGUCAGCAAUUAGUCUGCAGAUGUUCUGCUUUGUCGAAGAACUGGACAGGUUUACAACGUUUCCAAGGGCAUUUAUGUCCAUGUUCCAGAUCCUCACCCAGGAAGGAUGGGUAGACGUGAUGGACCAAACCCUGAAUGCUGUGGGCCACAUGUGGGCACCUGUGGUGGCCAUCUAUUUCAUUCUGUACCAUCUCUUUGCCACUCUGAUCCUCCUGAGUUUGUUUGUUGCUGUUAUUUUGGACAACUUAGAACUUGAUGAAGAUCUAAAGAAGCUUAAACAAUUAAAGCAAAGUGAAGCGAAUGCGGACACCAAAGAAAAGCUCCCUUUGCGACUUCGAAUCUUCGAAAAAUUUCCAAACAGACCGCAAAUGGUGAAAAUCUCAAAGCUUCCUUCAGACUUUACAGUUCCUAAAAUCAGGGAAAGUUUCAUGAAGCAGUUUAUCGAUCGCCAGCAACAGGACACCUGCUGCCUCUUACGAAGCCUUCCGUCCACCUCUUCCUCAUCGUGUGAUCACUCCAAACGGUCUGCAAUUGAAGACAACAAAUACAUCGACCAAAAACUUCGCAAGUCUGUUUUCAGCAUAAGGGCAAGGAAUCUUCUAGAAAAGGAGACUGCAGUCACUAAAAUCUUAAGAGCUUGCACUCGACAGCGCAUGCUGAGCGGAUCAUUUGAGGGGCAGCCAGCAAAGGAAAGGUCAAUUCUCAGUGUGCAGCAUCAUAUCCGCCAAGAGCGCAGGUCACUGAGACAUGGAUCCAAUAGCCAGAGGAUCAGCAGGGGGAAAUCUCUUGAAACCCUGACUCAAGAUCAUUCCAAUACAGUGAGAUAUAGAAACGCACAAAGAGAAGACAGUGAAAUCAAGAUGAUCCAGGAAAAAAAGGAACAAGCGGAAAUGAAAAGGAAAGUGCAGGAAGAGGAGCUGAGAGAGAAUCACCCAUACUUCGACAAGCCUCUGUUCAUCGUUGGACGGGAGCACAGGUUCAGAAACUUCUGCCGGGUGGUGGUCCGGGCACGCUUCAAUGCAUCUAAAACAGAUCCCGUCACAGGAGCUGUGAAAAAUACAAAGUACCAUCAACUUUAUGAUCUGCUGGGACUGGUAACUUACCUGGACUGGGUCAUGAUCAUCGUAACCAUCUGUUCCUGCAUUUCCAUGAUGUUUGAGUCCCCCUUUCGAAGAGUCAUGCACGCCCCGACUUUGCAGAUUGCUGAGUACGUGUUUGUGAUAUUCAUGAGCAUCGAGCUUAAUCUGAAGAUUAUGGCAGAUGGCCUAUUUUUCACUCCAACUGCUGUCAUCAGGGACUUUGGUGGAGUCAUGGACAUAUUUAUAUAUCUUGUGAGCUUGAUAUUUCUUUGUUGGAUGCCUCAAAAUGUGCCCGCUGAAUCGGGAGCUCAGCUUUUAAUGGUUCUUCGGUGCCUGAGACCUCUGCGGAUAUUCAAACUGGUGCCCCAGAUGAGGAAAGUUGUUCGAGAACUUUUCAGCGGCUUCAAGGAAAUUUUCUUGGUCUCCAUUCUUUUGUUGACAUUAAUGCUUGUUUUCGCAAGCUUUGGAGUUCAGCUUUUUGCGGGAAAACUGGCCAAGUGCAAUGAUCCCAACAUUAUUAGGAGGGAAGAUUGUAACGGCAUAUUCAGAAUUAAUGUAAGUGUGUCCAAGAACUUAAAUUUAAAAUUAAGACCUGGAGAGAAAAAGCCUGGAUUUUGGGUGCCCCGUGUUUGGGCAAAUCCUCGGAAUUUUAAUUUUGACAAUGUGGGAAAUGCUAUGCUGGCAUUGUUUGAAGUGCUCUCCCUGAAAGGCUGGGUAGAAGUGAGGGAUGUUAUUAUUCAUCGUGUGGGGCCGAUGCAUGGGAUCUAUAUUCAUGUUUUUGUAUUCCUGGGUUGCAUGAUUGGACUGACCCUUUUUGUUGGAGUGGUUAUUGCUAAUUUCAAUGAAAACAAGGGGACAGCUCUGCUGACUGUAGAUCAGAGAAGAUGGGAAGAUCUGAAGAGCCGACUGAAGAUAGCACAGCCUCUUCAUCUCCCACCUCGCCCGGAUAAUGAUGGUUUUAGAGCUAAGAUGUAUGACAUAACCCAGCAUCCAUUCUUUAAGAGGACAAUUGCAUUGCUUGUCCUGGCCCAGUCGGUGCUGCUGUCUGUCAAGUGGGACGUGGAGGACCCAGUGACCGUUCCUUUAGCAACAAUGUCGGUUGUUUUCACCUUCAUCUUCGUUCUAGAGGUUACGAUGAAGAUCAUAGCAAUGUCACCUGCCGGCUUCUGGCAAAGCAGAAGAAACCGAUAUGACCUGCUGGUGACAUCACUUGGCGUGGUCUGGGUGGUACUUCACUUUGCCCUCCUGAACGCAUAUACCUACAUGAUGGGUGCCUGCGUGAUUGUCUUCCGGUUUUUCUCUAUCUGUGGAAAGCAUGUAACGCUGAAGAUGCUCCUCCUGACUGUAGUCGUCAGCAUGUAUAAAAGCUUCUUCAUCAUAGUAGGGAUGUUCCUAUUGCUCUUAUGUUAUGCUUUUGCCGGAGUUGUUUUAUUUGGUACUGUGAAAUAUGGAGAGAAUAUUAACAGGCAUGCCAACUUUUCUUCAGCGGGAAAAGCCAUCACUGUACUGUUCCGAAUCGUCACAGGGGAAGACUGGAAUAAGAUUAUGCAUGACUGUAUGGUCCAGCCUCCCUUUUGCACUCCAGAUGAAUUCACAUACUGGGCAACCGACUGCGGAAAUUAUGCUGGGGCACUUAUGUAUUUCUGUUCAUUUUAUGUCAUCAUUGCCUACAUCAUGCUAAAUCUGCUUGUAGCCAUCAUUGUGGAGAAUUUCUCCUUGUUUUAUUCCACGGAGGAGGACCAGCUUCUAAGUUAUAACGAUCUUCGCCACUUUCAAAUCAUAUGGAAUAUGGUGGAUGAUAAACGAGAGGGGGUGAUUCCGACUUUCCGGGUAAAGUUCCUGCUGAGGCUGCUGCGGGGGAGGCUGGAGGUGGAUCUGGACAAAGACAAGCUCCUGUUUAAGCACAUGUGCUACGAAAUGGAGAGGCUGCAUAAUGGUGGUGACGUCACUUUCCACGACGUCCUCAGCAUGCUGUCCUACCGGUCGGUCGACAUCCGGAAGAGUCUGCAGCUAGAAGAGCUGCUGGCGAGGGAACAGCUGGAGUACACUAUCGAGGAGGAGGUGGCCAAGCAGACCAUCCGCAUGUGGCUGAAAAAGUGCUUAAAGCGCAUCCGAGCUAAACAACAGCAGUCCUGCAGCAUCAUCCACAGCCUGAGAGAGAGCCAACAGCAGGAGCUGAGCCGGUUCCUGAAUCCCCCCAGUAUCGAGACCACCCAGCCCAGUGAGGACAUGAACGCUAACAGUCAGGAUAAUAAUAUGCAACCUGAGACCAGCAGCCAGCAGCAGCUCCUGAGCCCUACGCUGUCGGACAGAGGGGGAAGCCGGCAGGACGCCACAGACCCCGGGAAACCCCAAAGGAAGUUCGGGCAGUGGCGGCUGCCCUCAGCACCCAAACCAAUAAGCCACUCAGUGUCUUCGGUCAACUUACGAUUUGCAGGGCGCACAACAAUGAAGUCUGUAGUGUGCAAAAUGAACCCCAUGACCGACACGGCGUCGUGCGGUUCCGAGGUUAAGAAGUGGUGGACCCGGCAGCUGACGGUGGAGAGUGACGAAAGUGGCGAUGACCUUCUGGAUAUUUAGGCGGACGCAGCGCCGAGCAGGGUCUCAUGGGGAACACUGUUUUCU